CCUCUAUACACUAUAAACACACAUCUAUUGAGCUAUAACUGGAAGCACGCUGUCUGUGGCGGGAAGACUUAGAGGGAGCAAAAAGAGAGCCUGCAUAUCACCAACACAGAGGCACAGGCGUGGAGGAAAGAGCAGAAACUCCAAAGAGAGUUUGUAAUCCACAUGAGGAGAGGCUUCAGCCUACCAUACAGGAGCUGGAGACUUACACAGAUCAUACUGUGAAGUGAACAGCCCCUCCUCCACCUGUGUUUGGGCCUUUUAACUGUGAGUGUGUGAGUGUUUAAAGGGUCUACACAUCUGCUCCUGCAGUCAGUUGUGUUCUUGGUGUAAUAAUGAAGGAAGCCCACGUCCUGCUGUGUGUUUGUCUGGCUCUCUUUCCUGCUGCAAACGGUCAAUCACCUGCUGCUGAGAGUGACACUUACACGGAAUGCACAGAUGGCUAUGAGUGGGAUGUGCAGACCCAGCACUGUAAAGACAUAAACGAAUGUGAGACGAUUACAGGAGCGUGUCAGGGAGAGAUGAAAUGCUUUAACCAUUAUGGAGGUUACCUGUGUCUACCUCGCUCCGCCUCAGUCAUCACCGCCCCCGAGCCCUCCGGCCAGUCAGAGUCCAGCCUGCCUGUGGGGUCCAAUGAGUCAUUCAACCCCUGUCCUGUGGGCUAUGAGGCUCAGGGGGAGGCCUGCGUAGAUGUGGAUGAGUGUGCGCUGGGCCUGCAUGACUGUCAGCCAAGUCAGGACUGCAUUAACACACAGGGCACCUACACCUGCCAGUGCCCCGAAGGCUACAGCAAGAUCGGCGUGGAGUGUGUUGAUAUUGACGAGUGCAGGUACCGCUAUUGCCAGCAUCGCUGUGUGAAUGUGCCCGGAUCUUUCUCCUGCCAGUGUGAGCCGGGCUUCCAGCUGGCGGGGAAUAACCGCUCCUGUGUGGAUGUGAAUGAGUGUGAGAUGGGUGCCCCGUGCCAGCAGAGGUGUUAUAACACUUAUGGGACGUUUCUGUGUCGUUGUGAGCAGGGUUAUGACCUUGGCCCUGAUGGCUUCUCAUGCAAUGACAUCGAUGAGUGCAGUUACUCGAGUUACCUGUGCCAGUUUCAAUGUGUGAACGAACCAGGCAAAUUCUCCUGUGUGUGUCCACAGGGAUACCAGCUCCUGGGCACGCGGCUCUGCCAGGAUGUGAAUGAGUGUGAGUCAGGCAGUCAUCAGUGUGCAGAAGGACAGAACUGUGUAAAUGUGCAUGGAGGAUACCAUUGUGUGGACUCCAAUCGCUGCCAGGACCCCUACGUCCAAGUCUCAGAGAAUCGCUGUGUGUGUCCAUCGGUAAAGCCGGAAUGCCGUGAUCUGCCCUUUUCCAUAGUUUUUCGCUACAUGAGCAUCACCUCUGAGCGUUCCGUGCCUUCUGAUAUCUUCCAAAUCCAGGCCACUAGCAUUUAUCCAGGAUCUUACAACACCUUCCGCAUUCGUUCUGGGGAUGAUGCUGGGGACUUCUACAUCCGGCAAAUCAACAACGUCAGUGCUAUGCUCGUGCUGGCCCGGGAAGUGACUGGACCUAAAGAGUACGUUUUGGACCUGGAGAUGGUGUCUGUCAACCCUCUGAUGAGCUACCAGAGCAGCUCAACCCUGCGCCUUUCCGUCUAUGUGGGGCCUUAUGCUUUCUAGAGACAGAGAGGGAGAGUGAGGGAGAAAGUAAGCAGAUGAUGAGAAAGAUGAGAUGUGUGGUGCGGUGCUGGGAGAAGUCAGCGUGAGUAAUAAUGAUGAGAGAAAGGGAUAAAAUUGGCACUGAGAUUGUUCCUGAAAAUUGACACACUUCUAUGGGCUAGCAAACCUGUGAAAUGUUUUUUUUUGUUCCUGUGUUUCUUACUUUAGCCUAUGAAUGUGGGCUUAUUCUGGAAGGUGCUAAAUCAUUGGUACACUCAUUUCUCUCACUUUCUCACCAUAGACUCAUACAUAUAAUACACUCAAUCACACACAAAAACCUCAGGUGUUAAUGUACUCAUUCAGAAUUCCAUGUGAGUAAAUUUAGCUUUCUUGAAGAUGAUUUAUCUCAAUAUCAUUAUCAUUUUACUUUGCAGAGUUCUACAAGUUGUAAAGACUUUUUGAGUAAUUUAGUGAGAGGUCUUUAUCACAGAUUUGGGUAAAUGCAUCAGCUCAAUAGCAAACCAGGAACUGACAAUAAAAUAUACAUUCCUUUUUUACUUGUAGAAGGCCUGAAAACUGUCUUAAACCACUUUAUCGAUCUAUAGAAUGUGACUUCUGAUAGAUAACACCCUUGUUUCAAUAUAAGUGUUCCAAAGAGGUCAGUGCAUUGAUCAAGUUUUCUAGAUGCUGUUUCAUCUCGGUGAUGCCAAAGAACAAAUAUAGAUCAUUGAUUUUUUUUCUAAUACGUACAAAAGGACUAUCAUGUUUUCUAAUGGGAAUAAAGUGUUUCAAGGUCC